GAGAGCAACGCGGUUGGGACCCAGUAGGACCCUGGGGGACCGGAAGGAGCAGGGGCCGCCAUGAGGGGGGCCUGGGGCGCGCCCUGCCGGCUGCUGCCUCUGCUGUUGCUGCUGUCCCCGCGGACAAGUGUCCAGGGCAGCCCGGGGCCCCUGCGGUGCUAUGGUGUUGGGCCCUUAGGCGACUUGAACUGCUCCUGGGAGCCUCUUGGGGACCUGGGAGCACCCUCCACGCUGCACCUGCAGAGCCAGAAGUACAUGGCCAAGCACCCACUGCCGCUGCUGCUGGCCGUGUGGGUGCUGGUUGGGGGGCUGUGGCUGGAAGCCGAAGGCAAGAAAGAAUCUGACAAAGGGAAGCUUUGCGGCCUGGAGUUGGCCCGGGCAAUCAUCCGCACCUGCGAUAAACCCCAACAGAGGCGGUCGGACAACCUGGCCCAGGAAGCUAUGGGGGAUGCCUUCCCACACACUGAGCCCUAUGCACACAGCCAGCUGGGAGAGGCGGCAGGCUCCAGUGACUGGCGGGUCCUGACCAAGCCCGCCCAGGAUUCCUAUGGAUCUCUGCGGGUCACCCGAAAAGACCUAGAUGGGGGUAGCCUCCUCAAAAAGUGCUGCAGAAAAGGUUGCGAUGAGAAGGAACUCGAGAUAUUCUGCAAGGAGGGGUUUGGGGGGCUGGAGUUGUUCGGGAUAGCGGGGUUAGGACCUGGGCAGGGACUGGGCAUCUGGGGGGACGAGGAACAAUGCUGAAUACCUGUCUCUGGCCCCUCAUACAUUCACAGGGGACAGAUCAGAACCU